AGCCGAGCCCAAAGAUGAUGCACCCCAAGACCCUGCUGGCAAUCGUGGCCCUGAUUGGUGCAUGUGGAGUCGCUGAUAGCGACAUCAACAUCUGCUCAAAUGUGGUCAAUAAUCUGUUCCUGCCGCAUGUGAGCAACUGCAGCAAGUACUACCUGUGCAUGAGUGAGACGCCUGUUCCUCGAGAGUGCCCUGAAACGUAUUUCUUCGAUUCCCGCGACCAGCAGUGCGUGGAUGUGAUGGAGGCCACCUGCAUCCCGUCGUGCAAGGCCCGUGGUCUAGAGUCCUUCAGCUACGACCGCACCUGCAAUAAGUAUGUGCUCUGCUUCGAUGGCACCCCAGUGGUACGUGCCUGCUCCGAUGGAUUGCAAUACAACGCCCAGACCGAUCGCUGCGAUUACCCCCAGUAUGUGGACUGUGCGGAUAACCUCUGCAUUCGGGAGAACAACCCCGAGGACAUUGUCUUCAUAGCCAGCAAGGCAAGCUGCAACAAGUACUACGUCUGUCUGAACGGCCUGCCCACGGUCCAGAACUGCUCCUAUGGUCUGCAGUACAACCCGGCGACCCAAAGCUGCGACUUUGCCUCCAAGGUCAACUGUACGGUUGAGAGUCUGCAGCGCAACAUCAUGCCUUUCGCCCGCGCUCCUCCACGUAGCGCCGACAUCGAGUGCCCCAAGGAGGGAGCCCACUUCAUUGCCCACCAGAAGCGUCCGGAGGCGUACUACUACUGUCUGAACGGACGCGGUGUCAUCUUGGACUGCACACCAGGUCUGGUCUUCGAUGCCCAGCGUGAAGAGUGCCGAGAGCCGCAGUUUGUUGGCGUUUAA